CGAGCCGCGCCAUGGAUCUAUGAAGACCCUCAUGCCCGGAGUCGGCAGGACUGGAGCAAACUUUCCCAGCGAUCCCGUGUCCGGCGCUCCCCGGCCCUCGACUCGACGCCCCGGCGGCCCCGGCGGCCGGCGCUGCCCGCGAUGGUGGCCGGGCCGCUGGGCGGCGGCGGCGGGGCCCGCGCGGGGCCCGGGCCGGGGGCCCUGCUGUGCGUGCUGGCGCUGCUGCAGCUGCUGAGCUCGGCGCCGCGGGGCGCGGGGCUGGCGCACGGCCGGCGGCUCAUCUGCUGGCAGGCGCUGCUGCAGUGCCAGGGCGAGCCGGAGUGCAGCUACGCCUACAACCAGUACGCCGAGGCGUGCGCGCCCGUGUUGGCGCAGCGCGUGGGGGCCCACGCGCCGGCCGCCUUCCCGGCCCCGGACGCCGCCUUCCCGCCGCGCUGGCGCUGCCCGAGCCACUGCAUCUCGGCGCUCAUUCAGCUCAACCACACGCGGCGCGGGCCCGCCCUGGAGGACUGUGACUGCGCGCAGGACGAGAAUUGCAGGUCCACCAAGCGCGCCAUCGAGCCGUGCCUGCCCCGGAGCGCGGGCGGCGCGGGCGGCGGCGCGGGCGGCGUGAUGGGCUGCACCGAGGCUCGGCGGCGCUGCGACCGCGACAGCCGCUGCAGCCUGGCGCUCGGCCGCUACCUGGCCUAUUGCGGCAAGCUCUUCAACGGGCUGCGCUGCACCGACGAAUGCCGCGCCGUCAUCGAGGACAUGCUGGCCGUGCCCAAGGCGGCGCUGCUCAACGACUGCGUGUGCGACGGCCUGGAGCGGCCGAUCUGUGAGUCGGUCAAGGAGAACAUGGCCCGGCUCUGCUUCGGCGCCGAGCUGGGCCACGGCCCAGGCAGCAGCGGCUCGGACGGCGGCCCGGACGACUACUACGACGAGGAAUACGACGAGGAGCCGCGCGCCGGGGGAGCGGGCGGGGAGCCGCCGCCGGACGACGAUGACGACGGCGGCACGGGGGCUCGGGGCGACCCGCCCCACGGCCCGGGCCGCAGGAGUGGCGGCGGCGGCGCCCCCAGAGCAGCCGGGGUGUCGGGGGUCUCCGUCGUGCUGCUGCUGUUGGCCCCGCUGCUCCUCUAGCCCGCGCCGCCCGCGAACGCACCUGCGCCUUGGACCGGGUGCUGAGGCUCGGGUCGUUUCCCACGCGUUCUGUCCGGAGACUCGCCUGGAGUGCGGGGCCCUGCCUCGACACCCUGCUCUUCCGGGCUCCCG